AUGAAGAAGUGGCAAAUUUUGGAAUUCGACGGCAAGCCGUAUUAUGCGUUCGUGCCCGAAGGCGAUGCACCUUUGUCGGACGAGGAUAUACCAGAGCAAGUAGAAGAGAAAUCAGAGGAAGACUGUAUGUUAGAAGAAUUAGAAGAAGAGGAAGUAGAGGAAAUGGAAGAUAAAAAUAGUAGUAUACAAAAAUUUAAACAGGAAUGUCACUUGGAGGAAGAAGAAUACGAUUCUAUGGAAAAAUUUUAUAGCGAUGAUAGCGUCCUUAAUGGAAACGUCGAGGAAACGGAGAGACUGAGUAUGAAGCCGAUCAUACUAAAUGGCAGCGAAGCUAUGGAUAAUAAUACAGCUGGGGAUCUGUACCAGCUGAAAGUACAGGGUAGUAUGGUGACUAUUGAGAAACUUGCAUCCAACACGGAGGUAGACGUGAAAGUGGUCGAAGACCAGGAAGAGGAUGCAAAGGGAGAUGAUGAGGGAGAGGUAGAAUAUCUUGAAGAAACGGUAGAUGUACCAAGCAUACCUUCUAGCGAGAAAGCAUCAGCUGCGAAAACGCCUGCAAAGAGCUCCAGUGAGGCGCUGAAGUGCAAAUUGUGCUCGGAGAUAUUCGACACGGUGUUGUCCUUCAGGAAACACGUGGCGUGGAUCCAUAAGAAGAAGAUGUGUAUAAAAGAGGACGGGGCUUACGUGUGUGCCGUGUGCGGCUUUAGAACUCUGAAGAAGACCUCGUUCGCCGCUCAUCUGGACAGGAAGCAUGAUACUUGGUCCAGGAAACGAUCCGGCAACACGACAUUUCCUUGCGAGGUUUGCGGCUUCGUUUGCAGAUCGAAACAUUCUUUGCAGUCCCACUUUACGAGGAAGCAUACGGAUAAUUAUGAGCACCAGUGCAGUUGUUGUUCAAAAAAGUUCAAGGUCAAGGGGGACCUAACAAAUCAUAUACGAUUCCAUCACAAAGAGAAACCAGUCAAAUGCAACGUAUGUGGCAAACUGUGCCUUAAUACCGGCUCACUGUACGUCCAUCAGAAAUGGGCACACUACAAGCCCAAGUACGAAUGUCAUAUCUGCAAAAGACGUAUGGUCACACAAGAGAAUUUGGAUCAGCACUUGCUGACGCAGCAUGAGAAACGUGAUAAGAUAGUCUGCGCGGAGUGCGGUAAAACCUUCGCGAAGAAGGACUCGUUCAAGAGGCACAUGGUGGUGCAUACGGGAUGCAAACCGCACUCCUGUAUGAUCUGUACCAAACCCUUCGCGCGAAGGUCACAGCUACGCCAGCACUUGCUUAUCCACACUGGCAAGCGACCGUUUGUAUGCGACAUAUGCGGCAAAUCGUUCACGCAAAAGCCGGGAUUGAUCUGCCAUAGAAAAACUCACCCUGGUACACAUCCACCGCUGCCCGUGAUGCCAAUCGCAGAUAUCGUUAAAGAGUUCACCGACGGAUACGUGCAGGAAAAUAAUACCCGUGAAAAUGAGGAGAAGGUUGACGAAGAAAUGUGA